UGUACGCAGCUAUAGCCCCAUGUACAUUGUGCAUCUCCGCGUGCGUCCGGCGGCUGCUCGCCUAGCUCUUCCACCCCUGCUGCGUCUCCUCUCCCCUCCCGGGACAAGGAAUAACGAGAUACAGGGCGCUCUAAUCACACCGAGGCAAGUUGAGUCCCCCCCCCCCCUUCUCUCCCCAACGAUGCGCGGGGGCCAACAGAGAUUGCAGUGGAGAAUCAGCAGUGUAGGCUCACACACGCGAUGAAGAUUGGAUUACAAAAAGAGAGGGGAAAAACUGUGAUUUUAUUCACCUCAAUGUGAGGUGUUAAAACAACAGGAUUUCAUUCAUCUUUUUUUUCUUUCCUUUCCUUUCCUUUCCUUUUUUUUUUUUUUUUUUUUUUUUUUUUUUUUUUUUUGACGCUCGCUUGGAAUUAUUCAUUGCCAGAGAUUCUGUGAUCCCCUCCCCUGCAUGGUUAUUCAAGGGAGAGAGUGGACUGUUGCAAUGUCAUCUAACACCGCUGUUUUGGAGCUCUGUGGAAGGGAGAUACUGGGAUGAAGUGGUUUAGCACCAUGUCCCUCGGCAGCACAAGGAGUAAGAGGAGGAGUAGAAGGGGCACCAAUCAUCGCGGUGGAGGUGAAAGUGCGCUGCUCUCCCUGGCCCUUCUGGUGGCGGUGACGGCCAUGGUGGACCCGGUGGCAGCACAGAAGCAGCGGACGGGCGGCGGUUCGGAUAAAGUGCCGGUUCUGAACAUCGCUGUGAUCCUGGGUUGCACGCGCUACAUCUCAGACCAGGACAUUCGGGCGCUGUGGAGCAAAGAGGACCCUAUCGACGUCAACGUGGUCACUCUGCUGGUCAACAAGACCGACCCAAAAAGCAUCAUCACCCACGUGUGUGACCUGAUGUCAGGGACCAAGAUCCACGGCGUGGUGUUUGGGGAUGGCACUGACCAAGAGGCCAUUGCCCAGAUUUUGGAUUUUAUUUCCUCGCAGACACUCAUACCCAUUUUGGGCAUCCAUGGAGGCUCGUCCAUGAUCAUGGCUGACAAGGAUGUGAAGUCGACAUUUUUCCAGUUUGGUGCUUCCAUCCAGCAGGAGGCCCUGUUAAUGCUGAACAUCAUGGAAGAGUAUGACUGGCAUGUGUUCUCAAUUGUCACGUCAAAGUUUCCUGGAUACCAGGAGUUCAUCAACAUCCUAAAAACUACAGUGGACAACAGUUUUGUGGGCUGGGACUUGCAGAAUAUCAUCACUCUGGAUGCCGUGGAGGAAGACAGCCGGUCUCAGAUCAUGCUCAAGAAGGUCCAGUCUCCAGUGGUCCUGCUUUACUGCUCUAAAGAUGAAGCGGUGUACAUUUUGGAGGAGGCUCGCUCUCUGGGCCUGACUGGAUUCGGUUACAUCUGGAUUGUACCGUCGCUCACAACGGGGAACCCCGAGAUAACACCGGAGGCAUUUCCAUCGGGGAUGAUUUCAGUGUCGUACGACGACUGGGACUACCCGUUGGAGGCGCGCGUUCGUGACGGACUGGGGAUCAUAACGUCUGCCGCGGCAGCCAUGUUGGUGGAGUACGGUGACAUCCCAGAAGCCAAGACAUCCUGUUAUGGCCCGAUGGAAAAGACAUCAAAGCUCCCGCCUAGUGCUCUACACAAGUACAUGAUGAACGUGACAUGGGAUGGCAGGGACUUGUCAUUCACAGAGGAUGGCUACCAAGAAUACCCAAAGCUUGUCGUCAUUGUUCUCAAUAAAGAGAGAGAGUGGGAAAAGAUGGGCAAACUUGACAAUCGCAGCCUGACACUUAAAUACCCAGUGUGGCCACGGUUCAACUCCUUUGGCGAUGCCGAGCUUGACGACAACCACCUGUCCAUUGUCACCUUGGAGGAGAAACCCUUUGUUAUUGUGGAGGAUGUUGAAAGACUCACUGGUACCUGUAUGAGGAACUCUGUGCCCUGCAGGAAGCAUAUCAAAGACAACACAACUGAGGCUGGUGGAACAUAUAUCAAAAAGUGCUGCAAAGGCUUCUGCAUUGACAUUCUGAAGAAGAUUGCCAAGUACGUCAAAUUUACGUAUGACUUGUACCUGGUAACCAAUGGCAAGCAUGGCAAGAAAAUCAACAAUGUCUGGAAUGGGAUGGUGGGAGAGGUGGUCUAUAAGAAAGCCGUCAUGGCCGUCGGAUCUCUGACGAUCAAUGAGGAGCGUUCUGAGGUCAUCGAUUUCUCCGUCCCGUUCGUAGAAACUGGGAUCAGCGUCAUGGUCUCACGUAGUAAUGGAACUGUCUCGCCAUCAGCUUUUCUCGAGCCAUUCAGUGCAUCAGUGUGGGUGAUGAUGUUUGUGAUGCUCCUACUGGUGACUGCAAUGGCUGUCUUCAUGUUUGAGUACAUCAGUCCUCUUGGCUUUAACAGAAAUCUGGCACAAGGAAAAGAUCCCCACGGUCCUUCUUUUACCAUGGGCAAGGCCGUUUGGCUGCUGUGGGGUCUGGUCUUUAACAACUCUGUGCCAGUGCAAAACCCUAAAGGAACCACCAGCAAGUUCAUAGUGUCGGUGUGGGCCUUCUUUGCUGUCAUCUUCCUGGCCUCCUACACUGCUAACUUGGCUGCCUUCAUGAUUCAGGAGGAGUUUGUUGACCAAGUCACUGGGCUGUCAGACAACAAGUUUCAGAAUCCAUAUGCGUACUCUCCUCCGUUCCGCUUUGGGACAGUCCCGAAUGGAUCCACGGAAAGGAACAUCAGGAAGAACUACCCAGACAUGCACCAGUACAUGGUGAAGUACCAUCAAACUGGUGUUGUGGACGCACUUGUCAGCCUCAAAUCAGGCAAACUGGAUGCCUUCAUUUAUGACGCUGCAGUGUUGAACUACAUGGCUGGGAGAGAUGAAGGGUGUAAGCUUGUGACCAUCGGCAGCGGGUACAUAUUUGCUACCACUGGUUAUGGCAUUGCUCUGCAGAAAGGCUCCUUCUGGAAGCGACAGGUGGAUCUGGCUAUCUUGGCUAUCAUCGGAGAUGGUGAAAUGGAAGAACUGGAGGCCCAGUGGCUGACAGGAAUCUGUCACAAUGAAAAGAACGAAGUCAUGUCAAGUCAGCUGGAUGUGGACAACAUGGCGGGGGUCUUCUACAUGCUGGCCACAGCGAUGGGACUCUCCCUCAUCACCUUUGUCUCGGAGCAUCUCUUCUACUGGAGGCUGAGAUACUGUUUUACCGGAGUGUGUUCUGGCAGGCCAGGCCUUCUUUUCUCCAUCAGCAGGGGAAUCUGGAGCUGUAUCCAUGGUGUACACAUUGACAUGAAGAAAAAGACAGACCUUGACUUCAGCCCCCAGGACAAAAUGCUUAAGCUCAUUAAGUCUGCGAAACAGAUGACCAAUAUGUCUAACCUCAGUGGCUCCCGCAUGAACUCGCCUAAACGAGAAUUCAUGCACUCAGCUGGUCCCAUGAUCAUGGACAUGAUGGCAGAGAAAGGCAACUUCAUUUAUGCUGACAACAGAAGCUACGCUCCCAAAGAUAUGAUCUAUGGGGACACCGGUGACCUUCAGUCUUAUCUUGCAAAUCGCCACAAAGACCACCUCAACAACUAUAUUUUUCAAGGCGGGCAGCAUCCCCUGACCCUGAAUGAUUCCAAUCCAAAUACCGUUGAGGUAGCAGUGAGUGCUGACACAGUCCAAACAAAUGCAAAGUCUCAGCGAACCUUGUGGAAAAAGUCAACCGACACAUUGCGUUCUGUGCCACCGGGGCCUUCUCCAAUGCCUGACAUGCUAAUGCCAGAUCCACGAAUAUCCAUGAAGACACAGCGCUACCUCCCAGAAGACACAGCCCACUCCGACAUCUCUGACUGUUCCAGCAGGGGAGCCACCUACAAGGACCCAGAAAACAACAAGCACCUGAAACCCAAGGACAACUUAAAAAAAAGAUCCAUGACGUCAAAAUACCCUAGGGAUUGCAGUGAGGUGGAGCUGUCCUACUUAAAAACUAAGCAGGUCAGCGGUGGAACCAACCAAAGUGGGAGAGGAGGAGGAGGAGGAGAGAAAAUCUACACAAUUGAUUCAGACAGGGAGAUGAGCCUCCAUUCAGAUCCUGUUCACUACCGGGAGAGUCAUGGUCUUGGAACAGAUGAUUUGGAUUACCCUGAAAUUUACUCUGACCACAGUGAUAACUAUAGAAAGUGUGAGCAGCCAAUCAUUCAUCUGAACUCCUCACCUAUGCAUCACACGGACUCAGAUCUUCUGCCAGACUCAGCUUACUCUAAGCACUACAGCCUAAAAGAAAAAAAUAUCUCCCUGUCCCCUCAUGAAUCCAUUGACCGGUACAAACAGACACACUGCCGAUCCUGCCUGUCCAAAGUACCCUCUAGCUACCAACAAGGAGGGCCUUACGUCUCUACAGGAUCUGCCACAGCAUCUGGGACGCGAUCUCCAUACAAUCGAUGUGAUGCAUGCCUUCACACAGCCAAUUUGUAUGACAUUAGUGAGGACCAGCUUUUUGGUGAUCCCUUGGUUAGCCCCACCAUGCAUCACCAAGAGGAGCAGCAGCCAGACGAAAUGUUUGGUCUAUACUGGCCACAGACAGAUGGGCCACAUGUCCAGAAAAGAAACCGUUUGAGGCUAAGUCGUCAGCACUCCUUUGACAACAUCAUGCUCGAAAAGCCCAAGGAUGUAGACCAGGGCCGACCAGCACGUAGCGUCAGCCUCAAGGAGAAGGAUCGCUUCUUGGACUCAGCAUCUGACUCCCACUAUGCCAAUCUCUUUGGGAUGCGCCCUUACUCUGGCAGACUCUUUGGCACCGGGUCUAAAUCAGUGCUGUUUAACAAUAACCUUGAGGAAAGCAAGAGGAGCAAGUCCCUGUACCCAACUCAUGGCUCGGAAAACCCUUUCCUCAGUCACUCAUUGAGGGAUGAUACCAGCAGCAGACUGGUCCAUGGGCGUAGCUCCUCUGACAUUUACAAACAGCUGGCAGUAGGUUCUCCUUCAUUGGCCCUAGGAGCAGCUCCCAUCAAAACACGCAAUGAUGCGAACAAUCUUCGCUCUUCUGUUAAAUCCACCUCUUCAUACUGCUCAAGGGAUGGGCGGAUAGCUAAUGACAUGUAUAAUAAAGAGCAUGUGAUGCCUUACUCAGCCAAUAAGACUAGUGCAUACCCAGCCUCAAGGGGUGUCCUAAACUCAGCCCAGUUCAGCAAUAGACGGGUGUAUAAGAAAAUUCCCAGUCUGGAGUCAGAUGUUUAGUUAAUAUAAGAAAUGUUUUCUCUCCCUCUAACUCCUCUCUGGGUUUGUAUUAUAAUUUAUCAACUAUGUUAUCCACUAAGGGAUGCCAUAGCCACCUGACCAUUUUUCUUCUCUUUGACAUUGUGCUCAAAAAAGAACUUCUGGCCCACUUGGGACUAAUUGUAUUGCUCUUACUCUCUUUGCAGAUGAUAUCACCAUAUUUGCCCAUUGUCUCCCAUGUACCAAUCAGUUAAAUAUUUGAUCAGCACUCUGCUGUACGGUUUUAAAGUGGAGGAAGAGAACAUAAUAGUGCAAUUUCUGGGAUUGGUGUAUUAGGUUUCUUUAUCGAAGAAUUCCUACUUUGGUAUUAGAAGAAGAGUGCAUUAUGUGCCAGUAAUGUGCAGGCGUUGAUGGUGGUAGUGAAUUUUUUAUUUAUUUAUUUUUUUAAGGAGGAUUAAGAAACAGUGGAAAAGGAGUUAAUGCUUAUAAUGACCUCCUUCUUACCAUUUUUCUUUUCCACCUUCACUGACAAGCUCACUACGAGAAUGGGCCUGACAGGGAAACCAGAUGGGUGAACUAGACUUAUAGGCACUCUGGGAAGGGAAAGUGGAAUAGUGAGUUAGUCCAAUGGUCUGCUACUUGUUGCGCUAACAGAUGUACCUGUACACCUGAGAGUGAAGAACACAAAGAGGAUAAAAAAGUGAGCAAAUCAGUGUACCGGUAAUCAACUGGUUGUUUUUGUCAGUUACGGGUUGAAAACUAAGAGUGUGGUUUUCUACUUUUAAAAACCAUGUCAGCAACACAAUAGGAACAAUGUAGGGAUAAUGUUUACAAACUGAAAGAAGGCAGACUGAGAAAAUGAUUUGUAUAGAGAAAAGACAAGAAUGGAAACUCCAAACAGCAGAGGGGCAUUUCAUUCUUGGCACUGCACAUAUAAAAUGAUUGCAAAGUCUUACUUUUUUAUUCUAGUCAGCUAUAAAAAUUAAAAAUCUAUGUAGAAUUUUAGUGUUUGCUUAUUUGGUAGCACAAUAGCAAUUAGUUUAAAAAGAAACUCUCUCCCACAUUUGCAUUUGAAAAAAAAAGGCAUAGCUUACUGAAAAAAAAAAUCAUCAGGAGUAGUAGGUUAUUUUGCAUGUGUUAAUUUUUUUUCCCUUCAAGACACGAUAAAAUGCACACAAAUACUCAGUCAGACACAUAUUUAUCAUGUUUCUGAAAAGGGCAAAGUUAGAGGUGCUGGAUGGAUGUAGUACAACACAAACUUUGAUCUCUGAUCUUUAAACAUAAUAAACCUGUUAAGAUAAUUGUGGAAGAGAAUAAAGAUUAUAUGACAAAGAGGGGAAAGAUCGCAUCUGUGUCCGCCAUCACCUCUUCUGUGGUGAGCACAGGCAUAAUUUUGUAUUUUGACAACUCUGCCACUGAAAAACAGGGUAUUUAGCUGAAAAAAAAAAAGAAGAAGCUCUGAUGAUCCCUUCCUUCUUCCUUUCCUUCAUUUACAUGUCAUAAAUAGUGUGAUCUACAAUAAUUCACAUUUAUUUUUUUAGAUUGAAGUCAAGUUUUUUCUCCGUUGGCUCAGUUGACAGUCUAUUAGUAUUUAAAGGGCAUAUAUCAUCACUUUUAAAAGGAUUCAUUGUUAUCCGUUUUCAGCCGUGCAUGUCAUGAUAAUUCCAUUCAUUUCCAUGACAAAUAGAGCAAUAUGCAAAAAUAUUGUGAAAGACAAAAUGUUGGUCAAAAGUUGCUAAAGAGUAAUGAAGAUACGUUUGGAAUUCUGAACUCGGAAGCAUUGAUACCAAAGUUUACAGCUGAAAUGUUGGUUUGAGUUUUUUUCCUGACUAUGAAGGAAGUCAGGAAAAUAUUUUCUGAGAGAACUAGAUCAUAAAGCUAACAAAUGGGGGGGUAUAAAAGUACUUUGCAAAUCCAUUCUACUUGUAAUUCAACAUAGGGAGAAAAAAAAGUCGAGAGUCGCAAUAGAUCUAAUAAAAAAAAAAUAAUAAUACUCUGGCAGGGUUCAGAUGAUUUCUCCAUGUAAACAGUCAAUGGUUUCCCAUGAAUGUUUUCAAUACACAACAGUAAGAUAAAAGUCAGGAAGUUACUCCAAACAUACCGUCUGUUAGACCACUCAAACUCUUGAAGUUAUCAAGUUGUAGUUUAGCCUUAAAUGUCGUUUGACGCUAAUGUUGUGUAGGUAGGUGGAUUAGAGGGAGGUAAAUAUACUGAUAUACUUUUAGAUUAGAACUACAGUCAAAUGCUCCCGCGUUCAUUUGGCUCAGUCUGGUAGAAAAAAAAAAAACAAAAAAUAUAACGAGUUGAAUAUGAAAGCAAGACGGGGAAGGGUGUUUAUUGAUUUAACAGAGUACAGAUGAAAAAAAGCAAAAACCACUGUAAAAGAAAGCAUGUUCUUGCAUAAAAAGCUUUAUACUCAUUAAGAAGAGCUACGGCUGCCUUUGUGGUUUGACUGAUUUAUUUCCUAACUCUAGCAUUUAAAUAUCUUCGCUUGUCUCAGGUUUGGGGUGUGCCUUCCCUUGAAUGGAGAUUUUAAUUGUUUCAUAAACUUCAGGCAAAAAUGUUUACAACAUGAAAUUAAUGGCGAAAAUGCUCACGCCGUCAUUAUUCUGUGUUGCCAAUGCGUUCAAACACACUAUUUGACAUGUUUUGAUAAGUAACCAGAGUGGAGUUUAUGGAUAGCAGCUGUUCUUUGGACACAGUUUAUCCUGUUGAUACAUUAUCAUAUGGUACUUCUUUUUGCUGUCAAACACAUUCUCAAUUAGGUACUGUCAAUUUUGUAAAUUAGCCAAACUAAGCAUUACUGGGCAUAGCUGAGACCACUAAAUGGUGGGAAUGUACUUCCCAUAUCCAUCCAUUGUCUUUAUCUGUUUGUCCUUGCGUGGUUGCAAGGGGCGGGUCAGCAAUUAUUGGGCAAGAAGCAUGAUACACCAGGUAGCCAGUCAAUCACAGGCCAAUACAAGAAAAACCAUAAUGCAUGCACACAUUUCCAAACCUGAGCUUAUUUUAGAGACUAGUUAACCUAGAAUUUGUGUUUUUGGACUGUGGGAAAAGGUCUGAGUAUCCAGGAGAACAUGCUGGUCCUGCUAGGCAACAGUGCUACCAGCUGUACCAUGGGAAGGUCACUCCCAUGUUAUGUGUUGAAUAUGCAUCAAAAGGCACUAGUGGUAUACAAAUGCCACCCGAGGCACGACUGAAAAGACAUUUUGGUGAUUAAAAUGUCCUUUUAAAUUUAUGAUUAUACUUUAGAUUUCAUAGGCUAUUCUAGAUUUUAUGGCUCACAAAUAUGAUUAUAUUUGCCCUUUAAACACUGUAGUCUUAAAGGAGAUUGUUCUCACAUUGUGAGAAAUCCAGAUCUCUUGAGGAAGAAGAAUUUUUAUAAAUGGAUCCCUUGUUUUCCUUUACACCAUUGUUUGGGUGGGUUGUGGGUUGGGGCUACUGCAUCCAAGGAGGCUCCACUGUUUUAUACUCAUCCAGCACAUAUCCAUCUGUUGGGAUUUAGUGUAAUCUGUGCAUGGCAGAUCUUGGGCAAGCUUGAAAUGAUAACCAAAACAUUAUUUUUUUUUUUGAGCUGGGGUGGGAUUAAUCUGAUUGUUUAUUUACAUGUUUUGAUAUUUGCAUACAGAGACAUACGUGUAUAUAUUUCCAUGUUCACUCGUGCCAAACUUUUUGUAGCAUAAAGCUGUACAAAUUGCACACUUUCGAAAAAAGACAACUCAUGAAAUCACCUUUGUUAACUGAUUUGUUUAAUUGAUUGGAUCCACUAAGCCAAAUUGUAUCAAAUAAAAAUACCUCAGGAUGAUUCUGUGCAUUUUGGAGGAGCAGUAGCAACAGAACAAAAUGUGACACAGGUUUUUGUAGAAAAUAUAUAAAAUAUAUUAUUUAAAAAGAAAAAAAAAACAUAAACAUGCUACAAUUUACGGUGGCCACAACGCAGAAUGAAACUUUUCUCCUGUUUACUAUACCAGUCCAAGGUCUUCCAGUUUAGCUCUGUGUUGGAGCUCAUGCAACCUGAGAGAGAAAAGGAGGAAGAGGAGGGGAAGAAAGGGAAGGUGGGAUGGGAGCUUAGAUGUUCUCAGCUCUACUUUUUUUUUUUUUUGUUUUGCUAAACUGAGCACCCUUCACAGUAUGAAUUCUGAAAAGCUAUCCUCAUAUGGAAUAAUGGAAUUGUCCCUCCUCUCUCUACUUGACUGCAUUAGCCACUGUGUUUCAGCUGAAGCUCCAUCUUUGCUAUUUUUAACAACCUCUGUCCUAUCACUGUUUUUGAGAUACUACAGUGAACCUCUCCUUGCUCCCCAAACAGCGAAUCCCUGAUGUUGACUUCCCCCUCCACCCCCCCUUUGUCCCUUUUUUUGCAUUUAUCUGCAUAUUUAUUAUGGUUAUUAUCAUAUUUAUCUCCACAUGCUGCCUGUGUGAGCUGUCAAGUGAACAAUAUGCACAUGGAAAAUAUCAGCAAUGCACCAUUUUGUUUCAUGGACUCAUAACAUUUUGUUCAGUUUGUUCAACUUUUGCAGAACCAUCAUGUAAGUUGAUGCCGUCUUAUGUUGGAACACACACCCAAACCCCCCGCCCUUGUGAUGACAACCCUGCUUUUUUUAAAUGACAAAAAAUGUAUUUUAAUUACAUUUAAUGAUAACUAAUGAGGUGAUGGCAUGCAACCCCAAGAUGUAAUAAGUUUAUGUUUUUACGUUUCUCUUUUUUGUUCAUUCUGUUUGUUUAUUUUGGUUAUGAUGUUAUGAUCACUAAUGCGUUGUAACCAGAUGUGAGUAUAUACAUAUUUGAGAGAAAAAAAAAAGAAAUAUAUAUAUAUAUAUAUAUAUAUAUAUCUGUGUUUAACACAAUGAAGAUGCUGCUGUUUUGAGGAAGAAGGCGAGGAACUGACCCCUCGCUGCAACCCUCCCCCAUACUGGCGGACUGGUUGUUAUCAGGCCAUGUUUUGUCCAGUGAUGUAACAGGUUGAUGGGUGGGGGAGGGGCAGGAGGUUGAGGGUUCAGGCUUGGCUUGGGAUGGUGGGACAUCCUUGCUCUUUCUCUGAAGGCGGGUGAGAAAUACUGUAUCACCAGCUCUGCUUCUCUCUUACGUCUCCUUCAUGUGUGUCAGGACUUCAACUCUGAAGAAGAAGAAGAAGAAGAAAAAAAGCAACCCUCAACUUUGAGUCUGCUAUCCCUCCAAAGAUAUAAGACCUGUUUCUUUAUUGUUUGCUGUAAGAAUAGAGCUUUUUUUUCUAAAAAAAAAUAAAAUAAAAUAAAAAAGGAGAGAAAAAACUGAUACUUCCUCAAAGACUUUUAAGGAACUAUUUUGAAUAUAUUUAGAAAUUACACUUGUAAAAAUCGCUUGUAAAUUCAUACUGAAAUACAUCAUCAUGGAGAAUUAUAAAGAGUAAAAACAAUAUUUUUUUGUGUGGAUUUCACAAGAGCUCUUCUGUACAGUGGCACUGUUUAUCUCUCUUUCUAUCUCUCCUUUUCUCUUUCUCUCUCUAUAGAGCAACUAGAAUAAAAUUUCACCAUUCACAAGGCUUGCCGUCUUGUCGGGAUCUCCUGUGACAACAGGUUUUCCUUGCUUUAUGUAUAAACAAUUUCUUCAGCUUAAGUUAAGUGACUAUUUAGGUGGAAACGAGAGAAGGUGUUUGAUUCUUUUCUCACUUGAUUUUUUUUAGACUAAACGUGUGAUUAGGAGUCUUACAGUAUCUUGCAAAACUAUCCUCAAACCCUUUAAAGCAUUUUCUCACAUUCAAAAGACGAGCUCAAAUGUAUUUUUGUAGGAUUUUGUGGUAGACCAACACACAGUAGUGCAUAACUGAGAGGUAAAAGGAAAAUAACACAAUUAAAAUGGCUUAAUUCUGCAUGCAAACCCUUGAAUGGAAUCCAAACCAAUCAACCAUCUUUUAAAUACAAUUAUAAAAUAAAUCCACCUGGCUUUAUUUUAACCUUUAAAUAAGAACACAGCUAUUCUGCAAAGGUCUUAGAUGUUUGUUAAAGAAUAGCAAAGAACAGACUGCAUCAUGAAGACCAAGGAUCAUACUAGUCAGGUCAGAGAUGAGGUUCUGGAGAAAUUUUGAGCAGGGUUAUAUAUAAAACAGUAUUCCAAGCUUUAGAUGUAUACACUUUCUUCUAGUAGCUCUAUGGUAGCUACGGAGAUCCAGAGAACAGAUGAGAAAUCUGUUGACUGGGCAACCAACUGUUGACAGGUUGCCACCAAGAAGUCCGACCUUCAUGGUGGAGUCAUGAAAAGAAAACCAAAAGUGCUAUUUAAAGCCUGCUACAAGUCAUGAAGGGGAUACAGCAAACAUGUGGAAGAAGGUGCUCUCCUCAGAUUAUGCCAUUAACCUUUCUGAGCCGACAUGCACAAUUCUAUUCGUGGCAGAAAUGUAGAACUGGAGCUUCACUCAAAUCAUUACCCACCUCCCAGAACAUGGGGGUUAGCAACAUCAUGGUGCAGUGAGGAAUGCUUUUUGAGCAGGGAAAAGAAAAACUGGUCAAAGUUCAUCAAAGAUGGGUUGCACAAGCUACAGAGCAAUUCUGGAACAUAGCCUACUAGAGCCAACACAAUACUGAGACAGUCGAAGCUUAACUGGAAAGAUUUCGGUCAGGGCUGGUCAAGUUUUGUACUAGAGAGCUAAUUUCUGCACCUUUUAGGGAUGGUCCCACAUGAGUGACAGUCAUUUGAUCCAGGUAUGUUAAUCUAGGUAAACAUCUGAAAUGAGCAGGACAAUUAAUGUUGAGAACUGGAAUCAGCCACCCCCGGUUUUAGAGCAAACCAUGGUUUAGUCAAAUCCAGAUCCAAAUCCAAUUGAAAAUCUUUGGCACUGAAAGGUCGUUCUAUGAGUUACCGACUAGUGGAGGCAGUAUACAAACCAUCUGUAAUCCACAUCACAGUUAUGCUUUAUUUUGUUGGUAUAUACCAUAAAAAGACAGAAAACUAAAUGAUUUUAAUAUUCAAAAAAUUCAAGGGCAAGAACACUUUUUGCAAGGCACCGUAGAUCUCUACUAAGAAAGCAUUAAUUUGGAAAUCUGAGGUUUUUUUGAGCAGUGCUUUUGUUUGUUUCCAAUAAAAGUC